AUGAGUUCAGCAACAAGAGGUGGCUGGGCGAUUGCGGCGAGCAUCGGAGCGGUGGAGGCUCUGAAAGAUCAAUUAGGCGUUUGCAGAUGGAAUUACGUGAUCAGAUCCGUCGAGCAGCGCGCUAAAUCCAGAGUGCAGACCUACUAUCAUAAGCACGUUGUUUCGCCGGCCUCGGCGGCGGGGGCGCCCUCUGGCUCUCGUGCGCCGGCGGGGAAUAUGUUGGGGCUUCAGGAGAGGGCGGAGAGGAGAGAGCAGCGCGUGAAAAAGGUGAUGGAUCUGAGCUGCUGGGGUCCGACCACCGUCAGAUUCUGA